CUUCUUUUCUGUCCUAAGUCUUCUUACUACAUCGUCCCAAAUCGCUAGCUCGGGCAAUACCCUUGGAUUUCCUCAGCCUCACUUCCAACAGCCGCCAACAACCUCGCGAACCGCCCGCGGAGUCCACCGUGUUCGCGCGACAAAUCCCCUCUCUCGAAGUUCCCCAAUCCGCUGCCUCAAAUCAGCAGAUAUCUUCCAGGAGACUGAUUAUCCUAGCCUCCUCUCAUCAUGGCGCGCAAUUCGGAAAAGGCGCAGUCCAUGCUCUUCCGCUUCCGCGCCGCUCAAGCCGCAGAAUCAGGACUUCUCCCGACCGCAGGCCAACGCCGACCCAAAGCUCCCAGCACCAUCAGCACCAUCCCCGUGUGCGAAAAGUGGCGGGGUCAAAUCCUCAAAGAAAUUUCACGCAAGGUCACAAAGAUCCAGGACGACAGCCUCUCGGAUUUCCAGAUCCGGGAUCUGAAUGACGAGAUUAACAAACUCAUGAAGGAGAAAUGGGGUUGGGAGCGGAGAAUCAGAGAACUGGGCGGGCCAAACUACAUGCGAGGCGGGGGGACGGUGUUCGACGAUCAAGGGAGAGAAGUCCCCGGCGGCGGCAAAGGGUAUAGGUACUUUGGUCGGGCGAGGGAAUUACCGGGUGUCAAGGAAAUGUUUGAACGAGCCGCAAAGAGGCGAGUUCACGGCGGCGACGAAGAUGAAGAGGCAGGUAAAACCCGAGCAGGACAACAGGACAUCAAUCGAAGGAAUCUCGAUGCAAGGUAUUUUGGCUUCGGGCUGGAUGAGGAAGAUGGGAGUCUCCUCAAAUAUGAACGCAGAAAGGAGAAAGAGGCCAUGGAGAGAAUAUCGAAGCUCGCGGAUGGUGAGGAGGAAGCAGAGGACGAAUGGGAACCUUUACCUGGUGAUACAGGUGAUGGAGUGCCCUGGCGACUGCCGACGCUCGAGGAAGUACAAGAGGAACUUGUAGAUCGAAGAAGACGGCAGCUCCUGGACAACCUCGUAUAAAGUGAGCUCGGGAGGCCAGCACAACGAAGAUGAAAAUCGCACGACGAAGGGAGCAAAGAAGAGAGCGUUUGUUCAAGAACAUGCAUUUCAAUUCCGAUUUGGCUUUCGGCCAUCAGUCUUCUUCGAUUUCUCCUGCUUCUCUCUUCAGAACUUCUAUUACUACUAUUCAGCCCUCCGCCGCUUACCGCUGAUCCUUCUCACAACAGCACAAUCUUUCAGGUCUUUGGCUUGCUAUCCUCAGCAGAAGAUGAACUGAAACGUGGCUCUGUUAUCGGCAGGGUCUGUUUUGGCCUGGAGAUAAACAGCUGCAGUGGCAAAGAAUCCAUCGGACAACCUGUGUAUCUCCAUGUAUGCGCCGACCUGUUGAUUACCACCACUUCCUGAGAAAACGAUGUUGGAUGCAGUAUUCAGGAUGACAUAGGUGUUGCGGUCACCCGUACCAGCUGUCUUUUGACCCGGGCAUGUCCAAACGAUAUCGACAUUCUGUUUGCCAUCGUUUCCCCCAAGCCAAGUCAGCACGUCCCGGCAUGCGUCCGACAGGUAGAAUGGAUCAGGUGCGUAUUUGACAUUGAGGUUGGCAGGAUAUAUUCCACUGCAAUUUGGAUUGGUUAUGUCAGGGUCGAUAUUGAGCUGGAGUUGUGCUGUGGAAGCCGAGGCGUUCUGUGCUGUCUGAUCUUUAUCCAAGUCGAGGUUCUUGGUACCGGUUGACACAACAUACGCCUCUGUGAACAUGGCAAAAGCCAAGAGCACAAGUAUUAUGAUGAUGGGUUUCAUGGUCAAAGGCUCAGGCCGGUGCAAUUUAAGCAAGGUCGACGUAGGAGGCUUUGGAUCAGUUGUUCUGGGUACGAUUAGGAGGAACGACAAGCUUGAUGGAUCGACGUCUGAAUGCAGAAUUGUGAGAUUAGAAAGGAGCAACUGGAUAUGAGGUCUGAAUCAGGGCCUAGUUUGAUGACGAUGAGAGUGUUGAGCAUGUAGGCUGCCUGCAGGAUUUGGUGCUUCCCUUCGUCUGUCAAUGCCGUUGCUCUGGGUCAAGGUAGAAUUGUAGCAGCUGAA